GUUCAUUCCGUUUAAACCGACGCAUAUAUAGCCAUAAGCCCUAUAAUAUUUGUGAAAUUAAACUGAGAAAACUCAUUAAUCAGUUUGAGAUGGAGUUUUGUUCUCUUACUACCCUGGUCCAUCUCAAUAAAUGUUUACAUUGUGAAAAAUAAAAACCAACUUAGCAACAUGUCUUCAAAUGCAGCAAAUCUGGCUCUACUUCAGAGCCAGAUUCAGUCUACAGCUGGAGCUAUCCCUGUCCUCAAUGAAAAGGGGGAAGUUUCUAUGCAAAAAGUGAAAGUGUUCAGAUAUGUUUCUGGAAGAAGACCCAAAUAUGCUCCAGAGGAAAGUGGAGAAGAAGAUAGUGAUGAGGAAUUUCCGUUUGAAAAGAAACAACCCAUUUCUGCUCCAGAACCCAUGCCAGUUGAUGAUGAAGAAGCUCUCAAGCAAGAUCCAAGACUUCGUCGUUUGUUAAAACGAGAUAAAGAAGACGAUGAAGAAGAAGACAGGAUUGAGCGUCACAGACACAUUCAUGAGCCAGCUGCAGUUGAAGAGAUGGUUGUUGAGGAAGAAGAAGCAGAUGAGAGGCCUGUUCGAUGGAGAGAUGAAGAAGAAAGUAGUGAUGAAGAGGAAGAACUAGAUGAUGAAGAAAUUGAACGAAGGAGAUUACUUCUGAAACUUAAAGCUCAAGAAAAAGCCCAAGAAGAAGAGGAAUUGUUAGAUUUAGAAGAUGAUGAACGAAAAUCUGAUGUUGAUCACACUGAUGAAUCUGAUUACGAAGAAUACUCUGAUUCUGAGGAAGAAGUUGAACAACGGUUAAAACCUGUGUUUGUUCGAAAAGGUGAUCGAAUUACAGUUCAGGAUAAAGAACAACAAGCUCAAAAAGAGAAGGAACAAGAGCAAUUGGCAAAGCGUCAAGCUGAAGACAGAAGAAGGCAAACACUCAAGAUGGUUGAAGAAGAAACUAAAAAAGAAUUGAUGGAGCAACAGGAUGUUAAAUGUGCAUCAGAUCUUGUCAUCACCGAUGAUGAAAAUGAUGAGGCGGCAUAUGAAGCUUGGAAAUUGCGUGAAUUAAAACGUAUAAAACGCCAUAAAGAUAUCAAGGAAGCCUAUGAUAAAGACAGAUUAGAAAUAGAAAGAGUUCACAAUAUGACUGAAGAAGAAAGACGGGCUGAGCAACGUUCCAAUCCACGUCUGGUUACCAACAAAGCAGCAAAAGGAAAAUACAAAUUUCUUCAAAAAUAUUACCAUCGUGGUGCCUUCUUUUUGGAAAAUGAAGAUGAUGUCUACAAGAGAGAUUUCUCUGCUCCUACUCUUGAAGAUCAUUUUGAUAAAACUAUCUUACCCAAAGUGAUGCAGGUUAAGAACUUUGGCCGGUCAGGACGUACUAAGUACACUCAUUUGGUGGAUCAAGACACGACUAUCUUCGAUUCCCCUUGGAUGGCUGAGACUGCCCAAAACAUUAAGUUUCAUCAUAAUCAAGCAGGUGGUAUGAAACAAGUAUUUGACAGACCAUCAGCACAAAAGAGAAAAAAAUGAUCUAAUAAAUGAAGUUUCCUUUUGUAAAUAGUUCGAUGUAAAUAGCAUUCAAAUAAAUCAACUGAAAAUUUUUACAAUUAAA